AUGGGGUGCGGCGUCGGGGGCGUCGCUUCUUCGGCCCUACGAUCACUCGGAGUCCACUUAAAAAGACAUGACAGCGGCGAUAAAGCUCUCAUCUCCGUGGCGUGGGCGCGGUCGGCUAGGGGUCGCGAGAUGACAACGCCUCGGUUUAACUGCCGGCUUCCGCCAAAUGAACGCUCGAUCGUGUCCACGGCGUGGCAGUUUGACGUCACGACGUUCCCCGAACACUCGAUCAGUCGAGUUGAUGUCUUGCGCUUGUGCAUCGAUCCAAUCGAAAUAUGGCGAUGGCGGGUCCGCCGGCUUACGGACGAAUUAAUUCGGCCGCGCGCGAUUUCAAGCGCGCGCCCGCAAUCAACCGGGCGAUUCGGUGGCACCGGCCGUUUCGCGAAACGUGCGGGCGGCUCCCGCAUCCGGCCCAAAUCGGUGGGUGUCGCUGGCGUCGUCGGGCGCGUGCCGGCGACCGGAUGCGCCACCGGCGACAUAAUGUGGCUGCUUGACGAGCCCAAUCAGCCUUACGAAGACUGCGAGCAGCUGCUCUGCUUCCGCUAUUACAAUGGCGAAGGCGAAGAUUGCGUCGCGGAGUCCUCCACCCUCCCGCCCCGCUUCAAGGUCGACCUCAAGAAACUGCCACUGCGCCUCAAGGAGGGCAUCUCGAGGAAACGCAGCGGCGACCAGGUGUCCCCGUACACCUACAACAAUGAAAGCUUCGAAAUGCACUCGGAGAACAUGCCCCGCGUGGAGCUCGUGUCGGGCACAAACCAGGACAUCAAGCACCUCAGUGAUAACGUCAACAAAUGCUCAAUUAGCGCCUUAGCGAGUAGCGGGAACAAGUACGACGCGGCGAAAUGUGAUACUAGUAAACCUCUCGUUGGUGACGCAUGCGAUGAAUCUCAAUCGGUGAACAGCGAGUCUCGACGCGCCGUCGAUUGUAAACCGACGUCGUCCGGCGUGAAGAAGAAGUACCCGCCGCCAGUCGACACCGGCGGCGGGAUGUUGAACGGCGUUAAGAAGAAAUCGAAGGCGGCCAGCGGCUUCGAAUCGCCGACAUCGCCGGACACGGAGUACUACAAGAUCUGGUCCCCAAAGAACCCGUGUAAAAUAAUGAAAUUCGUGUACGAUGUGGAGGGGGCUAACGUGCCAAGCGACGCGGAGAAGUCCCCAGUGCCACCAUUACCGCCGAGACAGUCGCACAAGCCGCUGGAGAGGAUGCACGCGCUGUCCCCGCCCUUAGUGCCCAGGCACAGGAAGCCCAAGAAACUAACCAAGCCCGAGGACGCGUUCACGUUCGAACUGAUCGACACAGACGAACAGUUCUUCACGGACAACAAUAUCAAUCGUUCGUCCGUCCUGCAGGGCGGCAUCAACGAUUUCAAACCGGGCGAGUUCUUCUCUGGCAACCCGGCAUCUGUCCCGGCGACGGCGGGCUUCUGGAAGGACGGACAGAACGUCGCUCCAUUGGCCACCCCGGAGACGGACGGCAGCUUAUGCGAAUCGACUGUUUCCUCAAUGAAAUUACCUAGGUUAAAGGAUGACAAGAGAAUGAACAAUGUACCUGACGGUUCGCCGAGCGUAAGUAGGAAUAAAAUUAUGUUUAUUAAGGAUAUAGGACCGGAUAACUACAUAACAACGACUUUCGCCCGGAAAGACAAGGCGAGUGCUGCCGCCGAUGCCGUGGAUGGAUCGAAUCCGACACCGAACUGCUCCAAGUCCGAGGAGAAAGCGCAAAACACUUUCAUAAAUGACAUCAGCAAUCAUUCGGAAUUCGAAGACGACAAUCGGAACCAGAUAGAAGAGAAAGAGAUAACCCUCAUGAAGGGCCACAAGCCGCUGACCCGGCAAGGCUCCGGCCGGGCGAACACGCCCACGAUGAUGACCGCCUUCCUCAACUCUUCACACAUCGACGGCCCAAGCAGAGAGCUGGACAACAGCUCGAACGCAACCAGCUCCUGCAACUCGUCGCAUUCCGCGUCGCCGGUCGACGAGACCAGCAAGCCGCUGCCGAGCGUCGGCACUAUGAUCAUGAACAGAAAGUAUUCGUGCGAGAGCCCGACGCCCAAGCACUCAAGUCUGCCGCGGCAUCUGCUCAAGAAUCUCGGCUGCGAAGGCACGCCGACCCAUUCCCCCCACAAGACCGCCAAUAUCGCUAACAUCCCCGACAGUCCGUUGAGACCGCAUCCACGUGUGCUCUCUAGGGUGGCCGCACUAGCUGGCGCCGCCACCCCCCAAUGCCCGCCGACACCGACGCACCACGCGAGGCGGCCCCGGCCCCUGCCGCCGCCGGACCUGCACCCGCCGCCCGUCCAGAACGCCGAGAACUUCGAGAUGGUCGAGUUCACGAGCGAGCUGAGAACGUCCGAGAUACGCUCGCCCAACCUCGAGUUCGUGAACAGCAACCACUUCACGAUAGUGCACGCCGGCCCGCCCGAGGACGUGGUGCUGCGGCGGCCACAGACUGUGGACGACAGCGACGAUAACGACAACGCACUGGCGUCGCCUACGCCCCUCAGGCAUAUGGCCGGCAUCAGGCUGCCGUCGAUACCGGAACGCGCGUCGAGGCAGAUGGCGCUCACCGGCGAUUUCCCCGCCAAUAUGAUCGGCGGGAUCAUCGAGUGCGAGGAACCGCUGCCCGCAGGCUGGGAGGCGCGCAUGGACAGCCACGGGCGCGUGUUCUACAUCGACCACAUCAACCGGACGACCACGUGGUCGAGGCCGAGCGCCAACGGGGCCGUGCCCCGGUCGCCCGCGCCCGAGGUGCAAAGGCGACAGCUCGAUAGGAGGUACCAGUCGAUCAGGCGCACUAUGACGCGCACCCAGCUGGGGGACGAGGCGUGCGCCCCGGCGGGCCCCUCCCGCGCCGCCCCUCCCGCCGCCCCCUCGGCGCCCCCUGCCGCCCCCGCCGCUCACCCCGCCGCGCCCCACCCCGCCGCUGAGUUCCUCGCGAGGCCCGACUUCUACUCCAUCUUGCAUAUGAACCAGGAGGCGUCGGCGCUGUACAACGGCAACUCGACCUUGAAGCACAUGAUCUCGAAGAUCCGCCGCGACACCGCCUCCUUCGAGCGUUACCAGCACAACCGCGACCUGGUCGCCCUCGUCAACAUGUUCAGCGAGCAGGACCGCGCCCUUCCCCUCGGCUGGGACACCAAGCUCGACCGCAACGGAAAGCGCUUCUUCGUGGACCACGUGCUGCGGCGCACCACCUUCAUGGACCCGCGGCUGCCGCGCGCCGCGCGCGUCCCCGCCGGGCCCUUCUCGCCCCUGCUGCCCGCCCGCCGCCGCCCUAUCCACGAUCAGGCGCCAACCCCACCGCCACGGCCGCCCGUCACCUCGUCCGAUGCGCACGCGCACAAUUUACACGAGGACAUACCAGUGGCGUAUAACGACAAGGUGGUGGCGUUCCUGAGGCAGCCGAACAUCAUGUCGAUACUGCGCGAGCGGUGCGGCGGCUGCGGCGGCUGCGGCGGCGCCCUCCGCGACAAGAUCAACGCGGUGCGCGUCGAGGGCGCGCCCGCCCUCGCCCGCCACCAGAACGACGUGCAGCUGACGUGCUUGCUCAGU